AUGGCUCAGUCCGCGGAAGCCUGCGCAGAGUCCGGACGGAGGCUGCGCUCCAUCUGCCGGAGGAUGUACGACGAAAACGAGGACCUGUCCGAUGUGGAGGAAAUGACCAACAUCAGAGGAUUCAGUGUGGAGGAGAAGCUGAUCAGUGACAGCUACAGCGCAGACUUUGUCCACAUAAUGGAGGGCAAAGAUUUCACCUAUGAGUAUGUGCAAAGGGAGGCCCUCAGGACCCCACUGAUUUUUAAAGAAAAAGAUGAAUUAGGGAUCAGAAUGCCUGAUCCAGAGUUUACAGUCAGUGAAAUAAAAGGAUUAGUUGGCAGUCGACGGUCUGUGGACGUCAUGGACGUGAGCACUCAGAAAGGCUCAGAAAUGAGCAUGGCUCAGUUUGUUCGUUACUAUGAGACACCAGAGGAAGAGCGAGACAAACUCUUUAACGUCAUCAGCCUAGAGUUCAGCCACACGAAGCUGGAGAACCUCAUCAAGCGACCUAGAGUGGUGGAUCAGGUGGACUGGGUGGACAACAUGUGGCCUGCUGAUCUGAAACAACGCCAAACAGAAGCCACCAACAUUAUUUCAGAGAUGAAGUACCCGAAGGUGCAGAGGUAUUGUUUGAUGAGUGUGAAAGGCUGCUAUACAGACUUCCACGUUGAUUUUGGGGGAACUUCAGUUUGGUAUCACGUAUUCAAGGGGCAGAAAGUGUUCUGGCUCGUGCCUCCGACCCCACACAACCUUGCUCUGUACGAGGACUGGGUCCUUUCAGGCAAGCAGAGUGACGUCUUCCUGGGAGACCGAGCUGACGGCUGCCAGAGAGUCGAGCUGAAACAAGGAUGCACCUUCUUCAUACCGUCUGGAUGGAUUCAUGCCGUCUACACUCCCACGGACACACUGGUGUUUGGAGGCAACAUCCUGCACAGCUUUAACAUUCCCAUGCAGUUUAUGAUCCACGAGAUAGAAAACCGGACUAAGGUUCAUUCCAAAUUUCGUUUUCCUUUUUACUACGAGAUGUGCUGGUACGUCCUGGAGCGAUAUUUGAACUGUUUGACCAAGAGGUCCUUCCUCAUCCAGGAGAUCCGUAAAGAGCCCGUAGAUGAUGAACCAAAGACAAAGACGGAGAGCCCUUCUUCUGACUCCGUAAGUCAGGACACAAACGAGGAUUCAUGUGGAACUCAAGUCAGGGACGACCAGGAGGAACGAUCUGACCGAGCAGCUGAGGAUGGCUCCUGCUCACCUGACAGCGUUAAGGCCCCUCUCCUCAAAUCCGUUUUAUCUGUUGACUCUGAGGACAGCUGCAACCCCAGCUGCACCUCGUUGGAGUUCCCUAAAACCCCCUUGGACUCUCCAGCCUCAGAGUCUCAGAGCAGAUGGACUCAUCUGACCCAGUUUGAACUGGUCGGACUCAGGACACUCAUCGAGAAGCUGGAGUCGCUGCCUGAAAAUAAGAAAUGUGCUCCAGUGGGAAUAGAGAACCCUCGAGCUCUCCUGGAAGAUAUGAAGGCUGUGUUAAAGGAACAUGCUGAUGAUGACCCAAAGUUAGCGAUCACUGGAAUUCCUGUGGUGUUCUGGCCAAAGAAAAGUAUAAAGCCCCGGCCUCCCAACCGGCCGAAACCCAAGAUGGCAGCGUCUCCUGCAUCAGCAGUCAAGUUGUCAGCCAGCCGGGGAACAUCUGGCGCCAGGAGGAGGAGGACCCGCUGUCGGAAGUGUGAGGCCUGUCUGCGGACGGAGUGCGGAGAGUGCCACUUCUGCAAAGACAUGAAGAAGUUUGGCGGGCCGGGGCGAAUGAAGCAGUCCUGCAUCAUGAGGCAGUGUAUCGCUCCCGUUUUGCCCCACACAGCUGUGUGUCUCAUUUGCGGUGAGGCUGGAAAAGAGGACACGGUGGAGGAUGAAGAGGAGAAGUUUAACCUGAUGCUCAUGGAGUGCUCCAUCUGUAAUGAGAUUGUUCAUCCCAACUGCCUCAAGGUCAAAGAUUCAACCGGAUUAGUCAACGAUGAGCUGCCAAACUGUUGGGAGUGUCCAAAGUGUAACCACGCAGGAAAAACUGGGAAACAAAAAAGGGGGCCAGGAUUCAAGUACGCGUCAAACCUCCCUGGCUCCCUCCUUAAAGAGCCGCGCUUGAACCGGGAUCCAAAAGAGGAGCCCGACCCACCCACAGAGGCUCCAACACCCGUUAUUGCACUGACGACCACAUCUGCUGUGAAAAGAAAGGCAGAGCGGGAAGUCGUCUCUAAGAGGAGCGACGAGGAGCCCCCGAAGAAACGCCCCCCCCUGCUGUCUCUGGACAGCGUGCCACGAGCAAGACCUGACGACAAUCCGCUAAGAAAGAAAAGAAAACUGUUCGACACCAGUGAUGAACCUGUGAUGGUGAAAAAGAAGAAAAAGCCGUUAAAACCAGACGAUCCGUUCAGUUUGAAGCUGUUGCGGCACAUCAAGGCAGAGAACGAUCACGGCGACGAAGAUGAGGACCAGGAGGAUCAUGAAGAAGAUGGGUUAACCUUGUUCAGGACACAUUUCAAAGAGAAAAGUGAGUAUGAUGAUGAGGUGCAAGAAGAGGAUACAGAGGAAGACGAGAAUGUCACAAAACGAAAAGAAGGUAGUGGAGAGGACAAAGCCAAACUAUUAAUAAAUCCACUGCUGAGGACUUCGUCAGCCAGAGAAAGUGAUCAUUCGUCCUCCAACUCCCCCAGAGCUGGACCCAGCAGCGAGUCGGGAGACAUCCAGGAGAAGAGCUCCACUCACCUUAAAGCUCGCCAUCAGCGUCGACGUCUUCCCAACAAAGGGGCGAGCAAAGACUCCAACCAGGAGAUGGUCAAGUGUGAAGACUUGAAAAAGCAUGCAGCAGAGAAGACGGAGAACAACGUGUCCGCUCAUCAUCGCAGGCAGCUGAAGGGCGAAGACUCUGUGACGAAUCAGAACUGUAAACCACUGAAAACGGAAGACUCGGCCACGAAUCAGAGCCGUAGAGCCCUCAAAACGGAGGACGGUGUCUCCAAUCACCACAGACAGCCUCUGAAAACAGAAGACUGUCUGACCAACCAGAACCACAGCCCAGUAAAGCCAGAACCUCAGGGCCAAACAGAGGACGAGAAGCCAAGAUGGCCUCUUAAUAAUGGCAGCAGUGACCUGGGAGACUGGCUGAGACACAGGGGGCGGGAGGUGUACGGCACGCCACGGGCUUACUCCCCUCUCGGCUGGAACAGAAGCUCACCGAUCACGCCGAUCUGUCCCCGCCCACUCCCCCGCCGGUCGCCACCAAAAUACAUUCAAAUGGAGCGUCAUGUGAUCCGACCCCCUCCCAUCAGCCCCCCGCCUGACAGGUUGUCGCUGAACGACGGCGAGGCGCACGUGAUGUGGCGAGAGACGUGGAUGAAAGUCUUCAGUCACCUGACUCACAAAGAUCUGUGCAUCUGCAUGCGGGUGUGCAGGACGUGGAACAGGUGGUGCUGCGACAAAAGACUUUGGAAGCACAUCAGUCUGAACCGCUGUAAGUCCAUCACGCCUCUGAUGCUGAGCGGCAUCAUCCGGAGACAACCAGUAGCUCUGGACCUCAGCUGGACCAACAUUUCUAAGAAACAGCUCAGCUGGCUCAUCAACAGGCUUCCUGGUCUGCGUGUGUUGCUGCUGUCAGGGUGCUCCUGGGUGGCCGUCUCUGCUCUUUGCACGUCCAGCUGUCCUCUCCUGCGAACGCUGGACGUUCAGUGGGUUGAAGGACUAAAAGAUGCCCAGAUGAGAGACUUGCUGUCCCCACCCACAGAUAACAGGCCAGGUCAGAUGGACAACAGGAGCAAGCUGCGUAACGUGGAGGACCUGCGUCUGGCGGGGUUGGACAUCACAGACACGUGUCUGCGCCUCAUCAUUCGCUAUAUGCCUCUGUUGUCUAAGCUGGACCUGAGUUACUGUAACCACGUCACGGAUCAGUCCGUCAACAUCCUGACCGCUGCGGGGACCACGACCCGAGACUCGCUCACUGAUAUCAACCUGUCAGUCUGCAACCGGGUCACCGACCAGUCGCUGACCUAUUUCAAACGCUGUGGAAGCAUCUGCCACAUCGACCUGCGGUACUGCAAACAGGUGACCAAGGAGGGAUGCGAGCAGUUCGUGGCAGAAAUGUCCGUCAGCGUUCAGUUCGAACUGAUCGAAGACAAACUGCUGCAGAGAAUCAGCUAGGGACCAGAAACUACUGUCCACAUGGAGGCAGCAGACACUAAGACGACAAAUGUCCCCGAGGAACUGAACGACUGCAAAUCCAGAAUGUAAAAAUGAAAAAUCUUGUCGAGAGCUGGUAAUAUUCCCCCAAAUGUUGUGCUGUUGCACCAGUU